UCUUCCCUUCCAGCCAUCACAACAUCACAAAAGAACUAGCUCACACUGAUACACACAGAGAUCGCAGCUGAGAAAGCACAAGCCAUUCGACAUGGUUUCCAAGAAAACCAUGUCCUCCCUCGCCUUUCUCAUGGCAGUGCUGCUCAUCGCUUGCAGCUCCAUGAGCAGCGCGGCUCGGUACCUGGAGGAGACGAAGCCUGAGUACCCGCCGCACCCUACCGUGCCGGAGAUCCCCAAGCCAGAGCUGCCGCCGCACCCCACCGUGCCGGAGCUCCCAAAGCCUGAGCUGCCUCCACACCCUACCGUGCCAGAGCACCCAAAGCCUGAACUGCCACCGCACCCCACCGAGCCAGAGCACCCGAAGCAGCCUGAACUGCCACCGCACCCUACCUUGCCGGAGUUGCCCAAGCCUGAACUGCCACCGCACCCCACCGUGCCGGAGCACCCAAAGCCGGAGAUCCCUCACCCUGUGCCAGAGGUUCCCAAGCCGGAGCUGCCACACCCAGCCGUGCCGGAGCUGCCACACCCUCACGUACCAGAGGUGCCGAAGCCCGAGCUGCCGCACCCCGCCGUGCCUGAAGUACCAAAGCCAGAGCUGCCGCACCCGGAGGUGCCGAAGCCCGAGCUGCCGCACCCGGAGCUGCCGAAGCCUGAACUGCCGCCUCACCCCGAAGUACCGGAGCUGCCAAAGCCAGAAGCGCCUCACGUGCCGGAGGUGCCGAAGCCGGAGGGCCACUACCCGGUGCCAGAGGCCAAGCCAUCUGCUACCAAAAUACAAGAUGCUCCAGGACGUAAACGCUCACCUGAUCGAUCGUGGUUACAGGACAUGCGUUUUGCACUACAAAUACCAUGCUCCCCUCCCCUCCCAGCCAUCACACAACGAUCUAGUUCGCUCUACAUACUGAGACUCGAGGCACAGAAAAGCUCACAAGUGUUAAGCAUCGAUCCAGUCAUGGCUGCCAGGAGCACCAUGGCUUCCCUUGUUCUCCUCAUGGCGCUGCUGCUCUCGUGCAGCGGCAUGAGCGGCGCGGCGCGGGUGCUGGAGGAGGUGGCACCCAAGGAGGAGUACCCACACCCUGCCGUGCCGGAGCUGCCAAAGCCCGAGCUGCCGCCGCACCCCACGGUGCCGGAGCUGCCGGAGCACCCCGCCGUACCCGAGCUGCCGAAGACUGAGCUGCCACCUCAUCCCACCGUGCCUGAGCUGCCGAAGCCUGAGGUGCCUGCGCACCCCGAAGUGCCGGAGUUGCCGAAGCCCGAGCUCCCUCCUCACCCCGCCGUUCCAGAGCUGCCGAAGCCAGAGGUGCCGGAGCACCCCGCCGUGCCGGAGCUGCCGAAGCCUGAGCUGCCUCCUCACCCCACGGUGCCAGAGCUACCAAAGCCGGAGCUGCCCCACCCGGACGUGCCGGAGGUACCAGAGCAUGAGCUGCCGCCGAAACCCGAGAGCCACUACCCAGAGCCAGAGACCAAGCCAUGAUCGGACUGCAUCACUGUCGCCCCUGUAAUAAAAACGUUAUGUGCUUGUGUAUUAUGGUGUGAUAUUUUUAUGUUUGAAUGUGAUCUUGUUGGUCACAAGCUAGCUUUAGGAUUGUUACUUUUCAAUGUUGUAUGUUUGGUGAUGUACGUAUAUAUUGUCCUUUAUUAUGCACUAUAUAUAUACAGAGUAUGUGUAUGAGAUGUGUUUCAUUUA